AUGAGCGACACUUCCUAUGAACCCGACGACGCCGAGUCCGAGUCCGACUUUGAACCGCGCGCAUCCAACAGACGCUCUCCAACCCCCAAACAGACUAUAAAUGAAAUAAUACAACACGAAAAUAAUGAGCCAAACUCCGACAAUGUUACCGACGAGGUUGAACGGGGACUCGGCGAAAUGCUUGGGUCGCGUGCCCCGCUAAUACGCGCAUCGCUCACCUUACUCGGACCCUACAACAAGCUUCUCACGGAAAUAGAGAACGAUUAUGACUAUGCUUCGACCAGGGAGGAUGAGGAGGUAUACGAAGUCAGUCAGCAUGGAUCCGUGAUCUGGACAUCUACGGAAAAAGAGGUGUUCUUCAAUGGCCUCGACCGGAAAGGCAAAGGCGGUAUCAAAGAGCUUGCUGCUGCGAUUGGUACCAAAUCUGAGUUGGAAGUUAUGGAAUAUAUCAGGCUUUUGCAUCAGAAAAUGGAGGCCCAUAAUUUGUCCGAUCGACAUGCCAGAGCAGCCAUCAUGGGUGAUUUUCCCUCUGCUGCGCAGAUCAGCCAGGAAUCUACUGGGCUGCUUGAUGAAUAUGCGGAUGUCAUGGUACUCAAGGAGACACUUACUGAAACUGCAGCUGGAAAGUCGCAGCACGGGGACAACUGGGUUAUCACUGAAUCCCAUGCUCGGGAUCUCGUUGAGGACGAAGACAGCACAGCUCGGGGUGACCUACGCCUAGCAGCCGAUUUGCUCGACCUUCCAGAUUGGAUUCGGAUGUCUCGGAAUUUGCUCAUGAAUUACGGUGGCUCACGGAUAGAGGAUAAUUGGUGGAACCUUUCUACAUCGCCGACAAAUGUCACCGCCCGUCACCAAAUGCCGUCCAUGACUGCAGGUAGUGUCAUUGACUUCUACGCUCUUACUGUCAGCAUCACACGUCGUCUGGUCCAGUCAUCCCUCUUCUUUGCCAUGUCUCGAUUGCGCACGAUGAGUCGUCGUGGCCGUGAUAGAGCCAACGCUGUCCGAACGCAAGAUGUGCGCGCUGCCAUAGAGGUGCUCAGCAUGAAGCACAAAUCACCCAGCUUCGUGGAAAUCGCUCGUAAGAAUCAAUUGGUUAUAGCAGACAGCCGACAUCGCAGAGGCUGGGUGCCUAAAACUUUCAGCUACGAGGAGGCGGAGAGGAUCUUGACAGAAGACAAAGAUUAUUUCCAGCCCUGGAGGGAUGAAAAGGCACCGGAGAAUGGCGAGAAUGGCGAAGAUGGAGAUGGCGAGGAGAGAAAUAGCGAAGAUGACAGUGGUGAAGACGACUACGAGGAUGAUGACAUGGAAGAGGACUAUCAAGAGGAUAUUGAUCCAGACCCCUUGCCCACUCAAAAAUCUCAAGAACUCCCUCGCCCUUCAUCACCAACAUCAAACCCAGACGAACUAGCCAUGGACCCAGAAGAAGAGCACGCAGAGAUGGUAGACGCGAGUCACGAUCGUCGCGAAGAGGCUCAUAUUCUGAGACUCAUCGAGCAACCCAUUCCAUCCCAUCUCGUCGAACCUAUCAAGGCAGAAGACGCGGAGGAUGAAGCAUCCAGGCAAUUUCCAGAACGCCGGGACAGAGAAGAGAUCGUCGACUGGCGGGCCCGGACUCUCUACCGCAGUGAUUGGGAGGAAUAUGGAUAUGACUUCCCCGACCUGGAGGCGGAAGUGGAAAUGCAUCCGCGGAAAAGGGCCAGGUUCAAUGAACCCUCGUCUCCCCCCGAAGGGUCGAUCAUUAUCGACGAGAGUUCUUCGGCUGUCGAUGAUGAUGGGGAGGAGUCUGCAAGCGAGCAGACCGGGCCAGCUGGUGGAGAGAGCUGGCUUGACUACUAUCGUACGCAGUAUGGGCAACCUCUUGAUCGGAAGUUUGAUCAGAAACCGGCAGAAUGA